ACGCUCGCGUCGCUGCAGCUCGUCAUCGGUUCCGGUUGGGUGGUGUCGCUCUGGGUGCUGGGCCUGCGACAGCGCCCGGCCCUCUCUGCCAGCCAGGCGCUGCGGCUGCUCCCGCUCGGACUCGUCACCGCCGUCGCGCACGGCAGCGCGAUAUACGCCAACCUCGCCGGCAGCCUCUCCUUCUCGCAAAUCGUCAAGGCGGGCGAGCCGGCCUUCGCCGCGGCCGUCGGCUACGGCGUCUAUCGCAACGGCGUCUCGUGGCGCAAGCUCUUGUGCCUCGUGCCGGUGAUCGGAGGCAUCGCCAUCGCCUCUGCCACCGAACUCGACUACACA